GGGUUUGUGUUUGGUCCGUCUGGAGGUGCUGGGUUUGUGGAGUGGCGGAGUUGGGAGGUGGGGGGAGAUGAGCAGGGACAUCUUCGAACUGCUGGGUUUCCAGUUCUGAUCGAGGAGGAUAAGUACCCUCUAUACGACACGUCGUUUGUAAUCAGCGUCAUUGUCCGCGCUCGAACUGGGUAAAACGGCGUCGUGCGGUCCAUAUGGAGAAAAAUUGACAUUUAGAGGGCGGGAAAAUCACAAACCCAAACAGCCAGACGCCGCCGCUCCACCUCUUUGAUGAAAUUGACAAUCGUAUCCUCCAAUUCGUAUUUCCAUUGAACAUUUACAUUGGAAGAGCUUGGGUAGUUGAGUCUUUUGGGCUUCAGAGGCGGAAGGAAGAAGACUAUGGGUUGGAGGCACCCACAAAUCUCCAUGGAAGAAGUCGUGAAUCUGAUCAAAGGGUUCGUAGAUAUACUGAUUCUGCUUUCUGGGUACCAAUCGUCUGGUCAAAUUGCCCACUGGGACUCUCACAACGUCAAGAAAGCAUUCCAAUGGGGCCUCUUCUUUGAGCAGGUUUUCGGAAGUUUUAGCUCAGAUGAUUAUGCGAAUUCUGUGGAGGAACUUGAUGCAGCUCUAUCUGAAAUGACAUCAGCUGCUUCUUUCCCUAAGGGUCUUGCUCAUCUGUCGUCUGCUAAUCUUGCUAAGGCACGGCGCUUUGUAUUAGAACAUCUCAUUCAUACAUUGCCUUUGAGGGAUGUACAUCUAAGAGCUUUGCUGACGGCAACUGUGGAGAUGGAUCUCGAGGAGCUAUCGGAAACUGAGCAUGACUUUCUGAAUGCGUACUUCAACAAGUUGAAAUUGCAGAACACAUCGCUUGAUCAAAGAAUUGCACCAGCUACAACGACUGAAAAUUGUGGCAUUGAUGGUUUCACAAGGUAUGUGGUCCAAGAGAUCUUGAGGAGGUGGUCUACUGUGUCUUUCAUAACAUCGGUUGAAGCAGGCUUAGAUGUUCUUUCUCAAAGUGUCAGACAUAGCAGUUGGAGCGAGUUUGAUGAUAACUUGCUUAAGGGACAACUAAAGCAUGAAAAUGCUCCAGAGAUUGUAGAGUGGUUGCUUGGUUCUAUGACAUGGAACCGAUGGAAAUCAAAGAAUCUCUCUUAUUUUCUUGAUAAGAGAACUAUUCGGUUGGUGUCAGGUGCCAGUAUGAUAUUUGCAGCCCCGAAGAUUCAGUGGGUACAGAUUUUUGAAAGGUUAAAUUUGAAUAUUUCAGCAGGAAGCAGUGAUGACGGUCUGUGCGAGACAAUUGAGCUCUUGUUACUAGGGUGUAUUACAAGCAGAUGGACUUCUCUAAUUGAACAUUUGAUGUCAAUUUCUCAUGACUACAAAAAUAUUUUAGAGCAAUAUAAUGAAGUAAGCAACUUACUUCAUGGAAGAUCUACAGAUCUUAAAUCUAAACAGGAAGCAACAUGUACAAAGGGAAGUGACAUUCUCGAGUAUUUGAGUGGAUUUCUGGGAAAUCAGAUGCAUCAGUUGUGGAAAGUAUUCCCAGUUCUUGCAGCCGUUGCAAUUCCUUCCUGGUCACCCUUGUUUAGACUUUACUUGAGCGAAAUUCAGAUUCAGUUUCAAGGAGAUUUUUCAACAAUGAGAUGCUGCAACUGUGCUAAUGACAAGAAGGAGCACAAUGACUGUGAACUUGCCGAGAGAAUUUGGUGCCUUUACAUUUUUCAUGUCAAUGGCUCUCACGUAGCCUGAAGUCGCCGAUAACUGUUUAGAAAUAUUUGCUAGUCAUCUGUAUGAUAUGGCCGGUGUGAUACCUUGGGCACAAGAGUCGAUCUCAUUCCACUUAUAUGCUUCCAGGAACUUUCGCCGUCAAGCUUCCUUUGAAUCAGAAGCAAAAAAACAACAGAUAAGAAAAAUCAACUUUUUUCAAAAAGUGCUUUUCUCCCUUUACUGACAUUACAUCACUUGAGGCAAGUCAUCAAUUCCUUCUCAAAUCUGGGUCCUAUAGGACCUGGAAUAGUGUCAAAAAAAGUUUAUUUGAUUGUUGAUUGUAACGUUUAUCCACUCCGACCAAUGAGAAUGCGACAUGUUGUUGAUGAUGCCUGCUAGUGGGAAUUGUUACUUGAAAGCUUCAUCUGUGGCUUUACCUGUUUCUAGUUACACCAUCAUUCUUGCUGCUUCCUUUUGCUUCCAGCCAUCUCUCUAUAAAAUGGCACACGGUCAAGGUGGAGGAGGAAUUAAAAAUAUGAAAGUUUCUAGCAUCUCUGUCUGUUGGAAAAUCCAGUGUUUGAAGCCAUUGAAGAGAAUCGCAAGCGCUGGGUCUGAGGUCAAGCUUGUUGGCAAUCAAAGCAGUGCAUCCUCAAUGGGUUAUUGCCGCAGUUCAUAUCUUUUGAGGCAGUUGUUUUGGAAGCUGAAAUCACAAUGGAAACAAGGUUUGGGAUGGCAAAAGAGCUACAACCGGUACAGCUAUGAUCUUCAGAGCUACUCUCUCAACUUCGACAACGGGUUUGAUGACCAUCGCUCAUAGUUUCCGUUACCGUCCACUCAACAGAGUAAAUUUUACAGAAACCAUUAUAGUACAUGGACACUUUUUUUCCUUUUAAGAUGGAUAUAUUUUCGAUUUACUCGAUUCUAUAUAUUCAUGCAACUUAGAUUUACCAUGAGAGUUGGCAAAUAACAGCAUGAACAUUUUGUUUCAUUUUCGAUCUAUUUUGCUUCUUUUCAGCGAGAUGAAUGUUGGAGAAAUAAUUUCCGCAUACUUUAAAUGUUGCGAUUUCUUAUCAUUUAAUGAGUGGAGCAAAUAUUAUUAUUCUUGCAAUA